AUGCGACGCCCGAUCAGACCAGACGGCGAGGAAGAGGACGAAGAGGUGGAGGAGUUCGCUCCUCGCGUAUACAGACCCCACGUUGCCAUCAACAUACACAAUGACAACCACACGCACGACGACGUCGCGAUCGCCACCAAGAAGGCGCCGCCAAGUAAAUGGCUGGCCCACUUGCCGCUGGGCAUUCGCCUGUCCGUGACGGCCGUGCUUCUCGUUAUCUUCUUUCUCAGCGUAUCAGCGGUGCCGAUAUGGAACAAGGAGAUCUUCGCGGGCGAUCUCCCCGGCGCAACGCCGUUCCCCUACGCUCUCACCGUCACCUUCCUGCAACUGGCCGGCACAGAUGUGCUGCUGUUUCUGGUGGUGCUGGCGACGGCCGGGGUCUACGCAUACCGAGCACACGACCGCACCAGGCAUUACGGGGCUGAGCCACCCGAACCCCUCAAGCCCUUCUACUUCACCCACCGCUUCCUCUUCAAAUUGUGGCACACACUACCCAUCGGCGUGCUCUUCGGGUUCAAGCUAGGCCUCACCAACUGGGGCCUCCAUCUGGCGCCCACAGUCAACUUUCAUCUCUUGCUGUUCUUCGUGAUUCUGUUCGCCUUCUUCAUCCUGCGCGAGCGACCAACCAUCUGGGCUCUCCUGUGCGCGGCGGGCGCCACCGCGGGCGCCAUCCUCGUCUCGCUCCAGUUCGAACACGCUUGGGGUCUGGGCGACAAGUGGUGGGUGAUCGGCGUCAAUUUUGCGUCGGCGAUCUUUGAGGGCCUGUCGAUCGUCUUCCUGCGACGAGCGCGGAACAUCCUGGCCAAGGCUUUCCCGGAGGAGCGCGACGUUCUGCUCAUCAUCCAGAUCACCUUCAUGAAGCUGGUCAUAUCCGCCCUGGCCGUGUUGCCCUUCGCUCUCGCAAUCGAGGGCUGGUGGAACCCGCUCAAGGACGAUAUAUUGUGGAAGGCGCUGCCGGAGACGUCGUUGACCCUCAUCCCCUACAUCUUCAUCGGCUCCAUCUUCACCUUCCUCUUCCAGUGCGACUACACGACUCUCACUUUCCUCGCCGGAGCGCAGGACGUGGGCGUGCUGUCCCACAUCAAGAUGUACGUCCUCGUGGCCUUCUCGGAGGCUGUCUUCCAGAACUUUGAGCCCACCUGGGAGAAGCACUAA